AUGGCAAAUGCUGCCUUGGAAAUCGCUGGCCUCUGUCUCACCCUUAUUGGCCUCAUUGGCGCUUCGGCCAGUACCGGAAUGCCUAUGUGGCGCGUCACGGCCUUCAUCGGCGAAAACAUCAUCGUCAUGGAGACUCGUUACGAAGGCCUGUGGAUGAACUGCUUCAGGCAGGCCGACAUCCGAAUGCAAUGCAAGGUGUACGACUCCUUGCUGGCUUUGCCUCCAGACUUGCAGGCUGCUAGAGGGCUCAUGUGCUGCUCUUUGGCUCUGGCAGGCAUAGGUUUGCUGAUCUCCAUCGUUGGGAUGCAGUGUACCGCCUGCAUUCAGGACAACGACAGGGCCAAACGCCUGGUUCUCAUCAUUGCCGGGAGCCUGAUCAUCAUGGGUUGUAUCUGCUGCAUCAUCCCCGUCUCCUGGACGGGCCACGUUAUCAUCCGGGACUUCUACAACCCCCUGCUGAUCGACGCCCAGCGUAGGGAGCUUGGAGAAGCCCUGUACAUCGGGUGGGUGUCUUCAGCCUUUCUGUUCGCCGGCGGGUGCAUAUUCAUCUGUUGCAACGUGUCACAAGACAAGGGACCCGACAUGUACACAUAUGCCAGAAACACCCCCUAUGUUGCCUACAAACCACAGCCACUGCAGCCAGUGCAGCCUCUGCCGCCCCAACCGCGGUCGGUAUAUCAGCCUUCGGUCUACAGCUACCCAUCCAGACAGGCAUCCAUACAAUUCUCCAGACAGCCCUCCGCUCGCAGUGCGGUUGCUUACCUCUGA